UUAUAGCGAGGUACAGGAAUGUGUAUACAAAAAUCGACUUUGUGGUCUUGGAUGGACUUCGCAACAACCCUCAAUCCUUUCGACCCCAUCUUUGGCAUGGCCACUUGGUAAUCAUGCAAGAAUGCCACAUCAUCAGCAUCGGUUUCAAACAAGGUCAUUUCAAAUCCUUGAACCAAGGCUGCGACGACAAGGUAGAGCUCUGCACGCACCAGCUCAAUACCAAGGCAUCUCCGCCCACCCUUGCUAAAGGCCAUCUGGAACUUCCGUCGCUCCUUCCCAGCAUCACCAAGCCAAUGGUCAGGAUUGAAAACAUAGGGCUUAGGGAACACACUUUCCGCCGUGUGUGUGCGGCGAGAGUUGUGAUGCUCACUGGCGUGCCGGCUGGAAUCGUGUAUGAUCUGGUUCUCGUGCUUGGUGGGCAAGACAAAUGAAAUGUGAGGAGAAGGUGUAUAGAUGAGCGGCUCGUGAGCGAUACGGGCAGUUCUCGCUGUGACCCCAAAGGAAAGCCGCUUUUCCUUCUUCAAUUACAGCUAACAGGUAUGGAAAUUGUUCGAGCUGGGUCCAUGAGGCGGAUGCAGCGACCGUACGGAGCUCAUC